UGUGGUGAUUUGAUAACGUACCGUUGGUGGUCGAGUAAUGAAAAUUUGCCAAGCAACUUGGGAGUGUGAGACUAUAUCUUGCUGGGUGUCUCUCGUCCUCCGGUCUACAGCGAGAAAAUCUAUGGCGUCUGCAACUGGCGUCCUCCUACAAAUCAAUCCCACUCGCUUCCCAAUACCUAAGCUUCACGCGCGUCCCAUUAAUAAACAUAAACUUAGGCAGAGUCAACUGUCGAUCUCCUCUGCUUUCUGCCAUUUCCCGCCAUUUUCACAAUCUUAUGUGAAGCGAUGGAGCACCAAAAUCUCCACAAUUUCGUGCGCUUACGUGUCGGGGCCUCCAACUUUGAGCGAGCCCGACCCGAAGGUCGACGCAUCGGAGUCCACGACCGAGGAGGUGCAGUCAACGAAACUGAUAAGUUGGGGACUUUUGUGGAGUCUGUUGCUUAAGCAUAAGCUGAGGCUUGGGGUCUCGGUUCUGGCUCUCGUUGGUUGCACUACUUGUACCCUUUCGAUGCCCUUAUUUUCAGGCCGAUUUUUUGAAGUGCUUAUAGGCGCAAGGCCAGAGCCUUUGUGGAGGCUGCUUAGUAAGGUUGGACUUUUAUACUCAUUGGAACCAAUUUGCACUGUGAUCUUUGUUGUGAACAUGAACGCUGUUUGGGAGAAGGUAAUGUCAAGGCUAAGAGCUCAUAUUUUCAGAAGAGUUCUAAUACAGAAGGUGGAGUUUUUUGAUCGAUACAAGGUUGGUGAACUCAGUGCAUUGUUAACAUUUGAUUUGGGGUCUCUUAAAGAUAUUGUCAAUGAGAACAUUUCAAGGGAUCGUGGAUUUAGGGCACUUUCCGAGGUAAUUGGGACUAUAUGCAUAUUAUUUGCUCUGGCCCCCCAACUGGCACCAAUUCUGGGUAUAUUGAUGCUUAGUGUGUCUGUUUUAGUCGCCACAUACAAGCGGUCAACUAUACCUGUUUUCAAAGCUCAUGGAAUGGCCCAAGCAUCCAUAUCUGAUUGUGUGACAGAAACUUUUUCUGCUAUUCGCACUGUAAGAUCCUUCAGUGGUGAAAAGCGCCAAAUGUUGAUGUUUGGUAGCCAGGUUCUUGCUUAUCAGGGUAGUGGCAUAAAGCUUGGGACCUUCAAAUCUGUGAAUGAAUCAUUGACAAGAAUAGCUGUUUAUAUUUCUUUGAUGGCUUUGUAUUGUCUUGGAGGAAGCAAAGUGAAGGCAGGCGAACUCUCUGUUGGAACUGUUGCUUCUUUUAUCGGAUACACUUUCACAUUAACAUUUGCUGUUCAAGGACUAGUCAAUACAUUUGGAGACCUUCGUGGAACAUUUGCUGCUGUUGAGAGAAUUAAUUCAGUUUUGUCUGAAGUAGAAAUUGAUGAAGCCCUUGCCAAUGGUUUGGAAAGAGAAAUCCAGGAAAAAGAAAAUCAUGAUGAGAUAACUAAAUUGUUCUUUGUUAAUGGUUACAGUGGGAAGAAUAGAUAUUUAAAUGCACAUUACAUGUCAGCCUUGAAAUCAGCUAGCAACCUGAGCACCUAUGCUUGGUCUGGUGAUGUUUGUCUUGAAGAUGUACAUUUUUCUUAUCCUUUGAGACCUGAUGUUGAAAUCUUAAAUGGUCUUAAUUUGAAACUAAAAUGUGGAACUGUGACUGCUUUAGUGGGCCCAAGUGGUGCAGGCAAGAGUACCAUAGUUCAGCUAUUGGCACGCUUUUAUGAGCCGACUAGAGGCAAGAUAACUGUUGCAGGAGAGGAUGUCCGGACAUUUGACAAGACCGAAUGGGCUCGAGUUGUCUCCAUAGUGAAUCAAGAGCCUAUACUUUUUUCGGUUUCUGUUGGAGAAAAUAUUGCUUAUGGGCUUCCAGAUGAUAAUGUAUCCAAGGAUGACAUCAUAAAGGCUGCCAAAGCUGCAAAUGCUCAUGAAUUUAUAAUUUCACUUCCACAGGGUUAUGACACUCUAGUUGGUGAGCGUGGUGGCUUAUUGAGUGGAGGACAGAGGCAGAGAGUUGCUAUUGCGAGAGCCUUGCUCAAAAAUGCUCCAAUCCUUAUUCUUGAUGAGGCCACCAGUGCUUUGGAUGCAGUCAGUGAACGCCUGGUCCAGGAUGCUCUUAAUCAUUUGAUGAAGGGCAGAACUACAUUGGUGAUUGCUCAUCGAUUAAGCACAGUUCAGAAUGCCCAUCAGAUCGCACUUUGCUCGGGUGGGAGGGUUGCAGAACUGGGGACCCAUUUUGAGUUGUUGGCGAAGAAGGGUCAAUAUGCAUCAUUGGUUGGCACUCAAAGAUUGGCAUUUGAGUGACAUUGAAUUGCUAUAUAUUGUCAAUAGUUGAACACAGAAGUGCUAAAAUUGAUAUGCCAAAUGGUUCAAUUUCACAAAUGGAAAUUGGCCUUCAAGUCACAAGAGGAGGUGUGCUGAGUUGAGGGCUUCUUCUUCUUGCUAAUUACAGGUCAUAAUAUUUUCACACACACCAAAAAAAAAAAAAAAAAAACAUAUAUGGGGCAUGAUGCUGCCUAAUCUGCUGUUGAAACCAAAACUUUGUUAAAAAAAUGCCAAUUGAUUGAUUGUAAUAAUUACAAUUGCUGCAUUGAUUAUCAAUUUCUAGCCAACUGGUGUUUCUUUUC